UGUAACUAUUGUGAUAAUACAAUAUACUAGCAUUAUUAUAUUAUAAUAUAAUAUAUGUUACAUUGGUAUCAUGACAAUUUCAAUACUAUACUAUUUAUUUUGUUAUAUUUUAAUCAAAUACCUAGUCUAAUUAAAUAUUAAAUUAUUGGUAGAAUUAUAAAAUAUCAUUAUUGAAUAAGGAAAUAAGAAAGGUACAAAGUAUCAAGAUAAAAUAUAAUUCAUACCAAUGUAAUAUUUACACUAUGAUUAAUUAACAAUUGUAAAAAUUGUUUUCAAUAAAUAAAUGACAGACUAGGGACGAUUUGAGCUUCGGAAAAUAGUAUAAAUAUCCCACCAAACAGAUCAUCGGUCAGAACGUUUUUAGUAUCCACUCGCGUAUACAUCGGUCCCUGGUUCGCGCACUCCUGUCAUUUCGGUAGGCCAUACUUGGCUGUAAGUUCAAAUCGUUUCUACGUCAGUGUCAAUAAUUUUUAUUAAACAAAAAAGUUUUAAUUUAUUACGAGUAUAUAAUUUCCAUUCUUUAUUUCUGAAACUCAACAGUCAGUUCCUACAUUGCAGAACAAGUAAAGCAUUUGGAAGUUCACGACAGAUGAUAACUGUAAAAAAACGCUGGGAGAAUAUUUGAGACACGCACAUACAGCAAAAGAAGAAAAUUCUGACAGGAUCAGAAGCUCUAUAUAAAAAAACAGAUGUACAAUGGAUUUAUCAUUUUUUAACAACGUUGAGGACGAAAGAAGUACUAUAACAAAUAUGGACAUAACUAAUAUCGAUACUUCAAGUUCAUCUACUACUGAUGAUAUUAGAUCUGAAGAUGACGAAGAAAACUUACAAGACAACGAAAAGCAAGAACAAACAAAAAAUCCCAUGUCCAAUUUGCCAUCAAGUUCAUAUGCAAGGAAACGUAGUCGGCCAAAAGAAGAUACGAUUUCUGUUGUUUUGGUCAAACGUUUAAAGAAAAUGAAUGAUACAUUGUUAAGUAUCCUACAAAAACAAAAUAAAUUAUUGGCAAAAAAUAUGAAGACCGUGUGGGAAGAGGAUGAUGUUGAUGACGUUGAUGUGUUUUACAAAAGUAUUGCAAUGCAAGUUAAAAAAAUGUCACCGCAAGAGAUCAAUCAAUCUAAACUUAAUACACUUACUGGGGUCAUCUCUGCAACAGGUGACAAAUUUUCAACUCUUCAAACGGCUCAAACACUACCUAAUCAACAACCAUCAAAUUACAACAAUAAGUAUCAAUGUCAACUGAAUUCAUCAGCUGAUCCAUAUUAUAAUACCUCAACAUCAUCACGCGGGUUUUUGCCGUUCAGGUUCAAUUAUGAUGACACGUCUAAUAUUUAAGUAUUUAAGGUUUGCAAUAUUUUUUUUAAUUUUUAAUAGUUGGGGUUUAUUAUAAGUUUGGGCAUACCAAGGUUUCUAGAUAUUUAUAAUGUUAAGUUUUUUUGUUAUAUUUUAAAAUUCACUCUUAAUCCAAUUGUUUGUUUAUAAUAAUAUUAUUUGAAAUUAUCAAAUCAAAUACGUUUAAAUAUUUAAUAUAGAAAUGAGAAUUAACAUCAAACAAAAUAGUAUAUUUAGAUUAUUUAUAAUAAGAAUCGUUUAUAAUAAUAAAACACAUUUUUUGCGGUUAAACACAAAAAUAUUUAUUAAUUACUAUGAAACUAUGGAACUAUAUCACUCUUAAUUAUUAAAUUUUAUGUUUGCCACGUUACAGCUCUUUUUUUAACAAAAUACUCUUUAAAAAUGUCUCACACUGCGAUGCCUUCUGUACUUAAAAAUCCACUUUCAUCACUUUCAUUGGCCAAUGACGUCAUGUUAGCACUAGGAGAUUUUCUUCUGAAUCAGGUUGAUAAAAUAUCUUUCCAUUUUUUCUAAAUAUGCGUUUCGUAACAUAUUAUGUAAAUAAUAGAUGCUACGAUUAUCAAGUAAUCACACGUCGUUUUAUUUAUAUUAAUGGGAUGAAAAAAUACACUGAAUACUUUAUUUAAUAAUCCGAAAGCAUCCUCUGUAACUAGUCGAGCACGGCUGAGUCGAUAACUGAAUAUUGUUUUUUUACUGUCUCCUUUGGCUGAUUUUUGCGAAAAUAGUCUUAAAAUAUGUUUGUAUAGUCUGAAAGCUUGAUAACCAAGUAUGACGUGUGGAACUUUUAUAUCAAUUUAGGAAGUGCACAAUCCGC